AUGCCAGCCAACAUGGAGGACAAGCGUUAUCUCGAAGAAGAGAAGAUCGGCAUCGAGCCUACACCAGCUGUCGAUGUCUCAAGCACUGAGCAAGAGGUGCCGCCUUAUCUACGAAGUGCAAGCAAGCAUGGCUUCCUCGGUCGCCUGCGCUCUUUUGAAGAGGCAAUGGACCGCCGCCUCGGUGUUGAGUCGCAUGGAAUUGCACGAAAGCGACCUGAAGACAAAGAUCCACAGUUCGCUGUUUGGCACAACCAGGCAGUUAUGUUUUUGCUAUGGAUGUCUGCGACUAUGAACCUCAGCUGCUUUGCAACCGGCUUCCUGGGCUGGGAGUUCGGCCUGGAUCUGAAUAGAAAUAUCGCCAUUAUUGUCUUUGCAACACUGCUGGGCAGUGCUGUCACUGGAUGGUGUGCCACUAUGGGACCAGGAACUGGUCUGCGUCAGGUCUCAAUUUCGCGAUACUCCAUGGGAUGGUGGCCGUCGAAGGUGAUUGCUGCCCUGAAUGUCGUCGAGCAGGUCGGUUGGUCAUCCGUCGGCUCCAUUACUGGCGGCUUGGCCCUGUCUGCGGUCUCCGAUGGCAAGGUUGGAUCUGAAUUGGGUGUCACGAUUGCUGCUGUUCUCGGUUUUGCUAUCUCUUUCGUGGGCUUGAAGGCAGUCUUCCAGUAUGAGAAAUUCGCUGGCUUGGUGCUUACCGUAGUCUUCAUCAUCAUGUACGGCGAGGCAGCGUCGUCGGCGGAUGUCAAGACAAAGACGGAAUUGACAGGUGCUACACUGUCUGGCACCGCCCUGACACUCUUCGCUGUGAUAUACGGGUCAUCAGCAUCGUGGUGCAGCAUUGUUGCCGAUUAUUAUGUGGAAUACCCUGUCAGGACAUCUAAGGUCAAGGUGUUCAUCCUGACAACCCUGGGGAUCGGCUUACCAACAAUGUUUGGCAUGAUCCUUGGAGCUAUUUGUGGAUCUGCUCUCAAUAACAAGGAGGACUGGGCAGCGGCAUAUGAUGAAGGCAUCGGCUUCUUCAUCCAAACGGCCAUUCAUCCUACGGGCUUCGCGAAGUUCCUCCUGGUCAUAUUGGCUCUUUCCGGAAUUGCCAUGAAUGCAGUGGCCCUGUAUAGUGCUGGGCUCUCUGUGCAGCAAUUUGCACGACCCCUGGCUGUUAUUCCUCGUUUCAUUUGGACUACCCUGAUGUUCGUUGCCAUCAUUCUGCUUGCGCUGGUUGGGCGGGAUAAAUUGUUGACCUUCCUCGAAAACUUCUUGAGCUUGCUGGGCUACUGGAACACGGCCUUCUUCGUUAUACUGUUCACCGAACACUACCUGUUCCGAGCUGGCCAUAAGGGUUACCAGGGAUAUGAUCUUGAGGCGUGGAAUACACCAAGUCUGAUGCCUGUGGGCUAUGCUGGAGGGUUGGCUUUUGCGGCUGGUAUUGCCGGCUGUGUUCUGGGAAUGAGCGAGACGUGGUAUGUCGGUGUCCUGGCUAAGAAGAUUGGAGACCCGGCUUUUGGCGGUGAUAUUGGAAACGAGCUAGCUUUCGUCUUUACUUUGGUUGUCUAUAUCCCUGCCAGAUGGGCUGAGCGCAAGUAUACAGGGCGGUAA